AUGGCUCUAGUCUCCAUCAAGGCUUAUAGACAUACAAGGUUUUUUUUAUUGGAAUAUGUUCUUACUAUCAGUUUUAAUCUUUCUAAAUCUUCACAGCUCAUGUCAACAGUCACGGUUUUGACCUACAUCUCCAACCAUAGUCAUAGACAUACAAGUCUCUUUGAGCCUUUAGUUACUUUAAGCUGUAUAUUCCCAUACUUUUUACGGCAAAGAUCAGCAAUCAAGGUUUCACUCUCCAUAAAAAUCCUCAGUCUAUUUACCACCAGGGCGAACGAUCAAUAUUCCGCUGCCCAUUUUGGGCUAUAUUCUUUUAAUCGCCAAGUCCAAAAUUUAUGGCUCUGCUCUACAUCAUGGGCCGUAGUUGGUGUCAAAGAUCAUUGUCUAACUCUUAUUCAUAUGUUACAGCUGAUACCAGGUAUCAGUAUUCUACUCUCUAUUGUGGGCCACAGCUAUAUUUGUCUUUUUUCAUUUGUCUUUUUUCAUUUGUCUUUUUUUACUAUUUCGACCGCAAAAUCCAAUGCUAAAAAACUCAGUCUCUAUCAAGGGUUACAGACAAGCCCAAUAAUCAAGAUUUCGGGCUCGCAUAUCAUAUAUCUGCAUAUGUAUUUGUUUCAAUAA